AUGUCCGAAUCCCAAAUCUACGAUCACGUCCAGAAGCACUAUAGCUCUGCCGCUAAAACCAGCGACGAGAACUAUGGCCGUGAUGUUGCAAAAGCUUUUGGAUAUUCCAAAGAGGAGCUUGCCAGUAUUCCCCAGGAUGCUAAUCUGGGCCUAAGCUGCGGAAAUCCGCUCGCCCUGGCCCAAUUAAGGGAGGGAGAAACCGUGAUAGAUCUCGGUAGCGGAGCGGGAAUCGACGUAUUCCUUGCUUCCAAAAAUGUCGGUCCAAAUGGAAAAGAUAUGCUCGCCCGCGCAAACCUCAACAAGGAAAGAACCGGGGCUACAAACGUCACCUUCGUCGAGUCACAAAUCACUGCCAUAGCCCUCCCGCACGGCAUCGCCGACUGUAUCAUCAGCAACUGCGUUGUCAACCUCGUCCCGGAGCCCGACAAGCAGCUCGUCUUUAAUGAGAUGGCCCGUCUGCUUAAAUCGGGUGGUCGCGUCGCUAUCAGUGAUAUCCUGGCCAGAAAGGAGCUGACGCCGGAGCUCAAGCAGAGCAUCGCCCUGUAUGUCGGCUGUAUUGCUGGUGCUAGUAAGGUGGGAGAUUAUGAGAAGUAUUUGAAGGAGGCUGGGUUUAGUGAUAUCCUCAUCGUUGAUGCGAAGAAUGAUCUGAAUGUCUAUACCUCCGCACUUGGUAAUCCCGAAAGUGCCAGUGGUGGCUGCUGUGGCGAAGUGAGGAAGCCGGAUCCGUCAACCUCUUGUUGUUCGGGUGCUCCAAAGGAGGAGCGCAGGUCGGCGGUUUGUUCUAAGACAUUCAAGGCCGACUUCAAGAAUAUCGACUUCAACGAGUGGGCGGGUUCGUUUAAAAUAUACGCAGUCAAGGGUUGA